CCACUGUCCUCCCCCCACCGUGCUCCGGCUCAGGAAUGGCGCCGCGGAUGGAUGACGUCAUGCGCCUGUGCUGUGAGCUGUCGGCACACGACCAGAUCAAAGUGGCGGUGAAAAGCUCCGCCAAGGGAGCGGCUGUGGCAGGGGGGACCGCGUUUGUCGGGGGUCUGCUGGGUGGACCUGCAGGGAUUGCUGUUGGUAAGGACCAGGCCGGAGGAGGGAAGUCCUCGUUGUCUAAAUGCAGGGGCGCCCAAGCAGAACAUUGGGUGGAGCAGGUGGGGGGCCUGUUGGGCAGCUGGCUAACCAGCGGGCAGUUCAGGCCUCUGCCUCAGAUCCUGAUGGAGCUGCCACCCAAACAGAAGGAGCAACUCUACAGCAACAUCGUUGGCUUGCUGGACAGCGUGGAGUGGAUGGACGCGGCCCAGCUCAUUGCCCUGGUUAUGGGCAACGCCACCCUGCAGCAGCAGGUCACCGCCGCCCUGCUAAGCUACGUCACAAAGGAGCUCCGAGCUGAAGUGCGGUACGGGGACUGAGCUGUGGCUCAGCGUGGACCUGGUGCAGUCCAGACAAGGCUUUGCAGGUGGUGGACACUGAUGCUUUCAUAGACACAGAACGAUAGAUGGCUUUCUUUUUUUUUUUUUUAGUAUCAGGAGAAACAAUCAUGUUUUGGGUACAAACUAAAUUCCAGUUUACAUGUUUAAAAUGUGCAUCAUUUAUCUCCCACCUUUCCUCUUUUGACCUACGCUGCCUUUGUUGAUUUGAACUUUCAAUUAAAGUUUUUAUUAGUGAUUCAAUUCAGAGUGAUCUUGAUUGUAAAAUAAAUGUUAAAUGCAAUAAAUACAUUAGCCAAGUGGGAUGAGCAGGUUGGACUUUAAAGUCAACUAUAACAUAGUUUGACCAACAUGUUAGCUGGAAGUCAUGUUAGCUUUUUGGCCUGACCCAACCAGUCCUGACC